AUGGAUGUUGCGGAGUCUCCCCAUGGAAACAUGGGGCUGUUAAGGACCUUUGAUUCCUCUGAGUUUGGCAGCUGGCAGAAGAUUGGCUCUGGUGGCUUUGGACAAGUAUACAAAGUUCGGCACAAACAGUGGAAAACAUGGCUGGCUAUUAAGUGCCCCCCCUCCCUUCAUGUGGAUGACAAGGACCGCUCUGAACUGCUCGAGGAGGCAAAGAAGAUGGAGGCUGCAAAGUUUCGAUACAUACUGCCGGUUUAUGGGAUCUGUGGGGACCCGCAGGGCCUGGUCAUGGAGUACAUGGAGACUGGUUCUCUUGAAACUCUGCUGGCUAAUGAGCCAUUGCCCUGGGAGCUCCGCUUUCGCAUCAUCCAUGAAACCGCUGUGGGCAUGAACUUCCUGCACUGCAUGUACCCACCAUUACUUCACCUCGACCUGAAGCCCGCCAACAUCCUGCUUGAUGCACACUAUCAUGUCAAGAUCUCUGAUUUUGGUUUGGCUCGAUGGAAUGGCCUGUCUCGGGGUGACGAUAUCAGCAGGGAUGGCUUCUGUGGUACUAUUGCCUACCUGCCUCCUGAGAGCAUCAUUGAGAAGGACCGAGUGUCUGAUACCAAACAUGAUGUUUACAGCUUCUCUAUUGUUAUCUGGGGAAUACUGACACAGAAAAAGCCCUACCAAGGGGAGAAUAACAUCUUGCAGAUCAUGGUGAAGGUAGUGAAAGGGGUCAGACCAGACAUGGGGGCUGUGCCUCGUUCCAGACCUUCAGCCUGUGCUGGCUUCCUGAGCCUCAUGCAGCGCUGUUGGGCCACCAACCCCAAUGCAAGACCCAGUUUCCAAGAAAUCACAUCUGAGGCUGAGGAACUUUGCAGUAAACCUCAAGAGGAACCGAAGAGUCCCACAUUAUCUACUUCUGUGCCAGAGCUCGCUGCCGCCAACAGGCCGCUUUCUGAUGAGGUCAAAGGCGCCAAACCAGUGCGACCAAAGUCAGCCAUGUUGCCGGAAAAAGAUUACAGCCUGUCAGAACUGCUCAGCCAAGUGGAUUCUGGAAUUUCUAGGAGCUUUGAUAGAUUGAAAGAGGACAGCUGCCACAGCAAAGAGAGCACGUGUAAAAGGCUGUCGGGCAUCUCCUCGGCAGAUUCCGCCUUCUCCUCUCAAGACUCCAUCACAUCGUCCUUCGAGAAGGAAAACUCGUAUGACUUGGCUGAGAUCCAGAAACGAAAACUUUGUGAGGCCAUCCGUAUAAAAGAUACUGCAAAACUCAUGAAGAUCCUACAGCCCCAGGAUGUAGACCUCCUGCUGGAGGGAGGGGACAGCCUGCUGCACCACGCCAUCACCUUGAACAAUGAGGAGGCUGUAAAGUUUCUGCUGCUGAAUAAUGCCAAUUCUAACCUUGCUAAUGCUCGUGGCUCCACUCCUCUGCACCUGGCCACAGAGAAACAUCUGAAGCCUCUGGUGGAAACACUUCUUGGCCGUCGCAGCACUAAUGUGAAUGCCAAGGAUGAAGACCAGUACACACCGCUGCACUGGGCCGCACAGAAUGGAGAUGAGGCCAUCACGCGCCUUUUGCUGGACAAAGGCGCUGCUAUCAAUGAGACUGAUGGUCAAGGACGCUCUCCAGCUCAUGUGGCCUGCCAGCACGGGCAAGAGAAUGUAAUUAGGGUGCUUUUGAGCCGAGGCGCCGAUGUCCACGUCAGAGGAAAAGACAACUGGACGGCCCUGCACUUUGCCGCCUGGCAAGGUCACCUGGGAAUCGUCAAACUACUGGUGAAGCAGGCGUGUUCAGACAUAGACGGCCAGACCACAGAUGGGCGCACACCAUUGCAUUUAGCUUCUCAAAGAGGACAAUACAGAGUGGCACGCAUCCUGAUUGAACUGGGAGCAGAUGUGCACACGACAGCUUUGGGCUCCUACACAGCUUUGCAUGUGGCUGCAGAGACGGGACACACCAGCACCUCCCGCCUCCUAAUCAAGCACAAGGCUGAUAUCCAUGCUCGGAACUCUGUGGGCCUCAACCCCCUGCACCUGGCAUCCCAGCGCGGGCACUUGGCCACAGUGAAGAUGUUGAUUGAGGAGGGGGCAGACCCUGACAGGUUUGAGUCUGAUGAGGACCAUUGCGCAGAGACAUUUCCACAGUGGUAUGUUCCGGAGCUGCUGUGGAUUUGCCGUGACGCGCUCGGAUCUCCGUGUUUACCUCCGGGGGAAGAGGUCUGGGGGCUAACAAAGCACUCACGACCCAACUUCUGCAACGACAAAGGUCAGCUUUUUCCAUAG